AUGCCUAGACACACUGUUACCCCUGAAGAAAGGGCUGAAAGAAGACAAAGAUACAUGAGAGAAUACCAGCAUAAUUGUUGGCAAUCAUUGCAAAUAGAAACAUCAGAAACAGAAACACAACAACGGAAUUCAAUGUCUCAAGCAGAGUAUAUGCGAGAGUAUUGGCAGAAUUGCCUGCAAACUGUGGAGAUGAAAGUGAUACCAACAGUAGAAGUGGAGAAUAUUAAUACUUCUCUUGAGACAGUAGAAGCAGAGAAUAUUAGUAAUUCUCGUGCAGAUUAUAUGUGGGAGUAUCGACGCAGAUGCCCACUUACAGCUGAAAUAGAAGUAGUUCAGGCAGAAGUAGUAAGAGCACAAGUAAUUCAAGCAGAAGUAGUGGGAACAGAAAUAGUGGGAACAGAAGUAGUGGAGACAGAAGCGGCAGAGACAGAAGAGGAGAACCAUAAUUCUCGAGCAGAAUAUAUGCGUGAGUAUAGAAAGGAUCCUACAUGCAUAUGCGGAUAUUGUGAAGGCCUUUUCUUUCAAAAAGAUAUAUCUUCAGUAAAAAGAACCGCUCUUACAGGCAAUUGGGGUUGUUCAGAAGAUAUUGUUGAAAAAACCUUUUGGGCAAUUGACAAUCAUAAGAUACCAAGCACUUUCGUUGGUGAAGAUAUUAUAGACAAUAUUCCACUAUGUUCUACCUGUAUAACAUCACUUAAGAAAAAAACACUUCCAACUCUUGCUCUCUCUAAUGGUCUCCACUUUCCUGAUCAUGUCGUUUGUCUAGACGACCUGACAAGAUUAGAAGAAAGACUUGUUGCACCUUGA